GUGUGCUUUGGUGCCACUUAUCAUUAGAUAUGGCCACCGUUACUGACUAUACCGAAGCGUCAUUUUCAACUUAAUUUUGAGAUAAUUCAAAAAUUAUUUUACAACACAUCUAUUGCAGUUAAUGGUAUAUCGUUUUUGGCGUGGUUAUGUUCUGGUUACGUGUAUCGGGAGACGGUUGUUCCUGCGUGGAAAGCUGGCUGAGAGAGUCUGUGAACUGGCCGCUUGGUCCCGCAGCUUGGCGCAGCUGAAGAAAUUAGGACCAGUUGCCAACCCAGCCUUUACGCAUCACUGUCGAGGGGCAUUCACGGAGGAUUUCUUUACAAAGUUUCAUUUUAAAGCGCUUUCACCACCUUGGAUUCUAGCCCUGGUAUAUGUAUGGGAAAAUUGUUGACUGGAUACUUGGGUGGCUAACACCAACUAGCUAUAUAACACUAACUCGUGUGCGUCGACAGCUGUCAUUGGAGAAAGGAAAGUGAUCCUCCAAAUGCCACUGAAGCGCUUUUCUGCUGGAUUUACACAUUUUGUCUUUGCAUCAAAUGGGACAACUCGGUAGUAAUCAUACUGCAAUAUUGGAAUAUUCAGAGUAUGCAUUUUUGAGAAGUGCAGUGUUGCUCCACUGGAAAGAAGCUAGCUAGCUCUUUUAGCUCACUCGCUAACUAGCUGGGUGAUAGAAGUGCGUCGUUUCAUCCCCCAGUAUUUUGGGCAUGAAGAGGAUGAGUCUAUAUUCAUAGGGUCGAAAGAAUGCCAUCAGAGGAAAAUACUGUGGAGCCCUCUGACCAGGGACCCUCACCGCCCUCCAGCAGUGCAGGGGCCGCAUCCACAGAAAGUCCUGCCCAUGCCGACAAGCGGCCACGAGGCAGGCCCCGCAAGGAUGCUGCUGUCCUUGCCCCGGCACCACCGUCAUCCUCAUCCAAGACCAGAAAGAAGGGGCGCACCAGAGCGAGGGCUUCUGUGGAUGAGGAGGACAGCAUGGACGGGACUGAGACCACAGAGACCAUAGGCCCUCAGGACACAGACGUUCUAGUGCAACCAGUGGAGACAGUGGAGGUGGUCACCACUGAGGAGGUGGUGGUGGAGGAGGAGGAGGAGGUGGACGAGAGCCUUCCCGCUGAGGUUUUACCUGAUCUGUCUGUCCCAGCAAGCAGAGAAGUUACAAGCAGUGAGCGCCUCUGUGCCUUCUGUUACUGUGGUGGGCGGAGCCUCCUGGGUCAGGGGGAACUCCAUGCAUUUAGCAUCCCCUCUCGGCAUGACGUGACCAGUGGUGGUGAUGAAACUGUGGCCAGAGAAAAUACCUUGGAACACAGGGAACAGCUGAAUGGGCCGGACUGCCCUGAGGCAGAACCUGAGAGAGUCAACCGAUUUUGGGAUGAGCUUUCUCAUGUUGGACUUCCUCAAGACCUCAAUGUCCAGUCUCUUUUUGAGUCAGGCCAGUGCUGGGCACAUCAUAGUUGUGCCUUGUGGUCCGAAGGCAUUCGUGGUAGCGAGGGACAAUCUCUGCUUAACGUGGACAGAGCAAUUGACUCAGGGAGCACAAAGCACUGUGCAUACUGCAAGCGCCUUGGAGCAUCCAUCAAGUGCUGUGCUGAAGGAUGUGCUCAACUUUACCAUUACCCCUGUGCAGGGGCUGCCGGGACAUUUCAGGAUAUUAGGAGCUUCUCUCUCCUCUGCCCAGAACAUAUUGAUUUGGCCAUAGAAAAAUUCGUAGAUGAUGUUAACUGCGUAUUGUGCGAUAGCCCUGGGGAUCUCCAAGACCAGCUCUUCUGCACCAGUUGUGGUCUCCAUUAUCACGGAAUGUGCCUGGAUAUGGUUGUGACCCCUCUGAGGAGAGCAGGGUGGCAGUGCCCUGAGUGCAAAGUCUGUCAGACUUGCAAGAACCCUGGAGAGGACACAAAGAUGUUGGUGUGUGACAUGUGUGACAAAGGGUAUCACACCUUUUGUUUACAACCAGCUAUUGACUCUAUUCCCACCAAUGGAUGGCGGUGUAAGAAUUGCAGAGUGUGCAUCCAGUGUGGGACGCGGGCCAGUGGUCAGUGGCAUCACACGAGCCUCAUGUGUGAGACGUGUGCUCAGAACCAGGACCCCGCUCUCUGCUGUCCACUUUGUGCCUGUAUUCUCGACCCUGAGCGCCACAAAGAUGUGCUAUCCUGUCACACAUGUAAACGAUGGCUACACCUGGAGUGUGAGCGUCAGAACUCAGGCCAAGCAGAAAUCCAGCCCAGAGAGGACUACAUUUGUUCUAACUGCAGGCCUCCUGCUGCAGAGCGGACGCUCCAAACAGAGGACAUGGAGCUGGGCCCGGAGCUCAGCCCACAGCCAUCCCCCAUGCACACAGACUGUGAGAUGGACCCACAGCUGGCCCCAAAGCACAUGGACCUACAGCCCUGCUCUCACGCCCCUCCCCAAACGCACAAGCACGCCCCAGAGGAACUAGACUCACAGCCUGCUCAGGGCGGUGUCUCAGAGGAGAAGGUCAUUCCAUCAUACAUCCCUGAUGUCUCUGAGAACUAUCUCACUGAACAUUCUGUCGACAAAGUACAACAAGACUCAAAGUCAGAAACCACAGCACAGGCCACUUCUCCUGAGCUGCCCGUCUCCUCAGCAGGUCAGAGAUUGGACAGUUUACCCGCCCCAUGUUCUGUGGAGUCACUGCAGACGCAGGAUCACAUGUUACAAAUGAAGCCAGCAAAGAUGGAGGCAUGCUCUGAGCAGGGCAUGCUCACCCCUAGCACAAAGGAUUUUAAGGCCAUUAUCUCAACCAAAGAAACAAGCACUGCUCCCGUACUUUUGAUGGACCAACCAAUGGAUAUCUCAUGUCCGCAGGCUUCUAAUGCAGAUGAUCUGGAAACGGUUCCUAAAGACACAAACAGGGGAAAGGGAGAGGGCAGUUUGCAGACUGUUGACCCUUCAACUUGUGAUUCUGUAGAGAACAUGGACAUUCUACCGGAAAUCAAACCUAGUCUUUUAUUUGCCAGCCUGACAUUUGGAGAAAGUUCUAAGUCCUCGGUAGAGCGAUUAGCUGAGAUGGUCACUAGCCCCUCCCACUCCUCACCUUUAGCCAGAGUGAUCAGUCCCAGGGACUCCUCUCACCCUCAGACUCCGUUCCUUCAUUCAACAGGAGAACGCAGCAUCCACUCAACCACCCUCAUACCACUCACCCCCAAGAUUGGAAUGGGCAAACCAGCUAUUACCAAGAGAAAGUUUUCUCCAGGGCGACCACGGGCCAAACAGGGUGCAUGGAGCCCCCAUAGCCGUGUGAAUUCCCCCUUGUCCUGGUCCCCAGACCAGCCUGAGGGGUGGGACAUCUCAAAGACCAGGCAAUCCUCAGGCAGCCCAGGCUGGAGCAUCAGAGUGGGUCGUGGCUCAGGCUUUCCAGGAAGGAGAAGACCCAGAGGUGCUGGACUGUCUGGGCGUGCUGGACGCGGCCGGGCCAGAGGAAGAAAUGGAGCCAGUCCCAGCUUCAAUCCUGGGAUCACUACAAUUGAAACGUCAUAUCCAAUCAAAGAGGAGGAGGAGAGUGCCAUGCAUAAUACUGUGGUUAUAUUCUCCAGUAAUGACAGCUUCACCAUGAAACAGGACAUGUGUGCGGUGUGCGGAAGUUUUGGUCUUGGCGCUGAGGGUCGGCUUUUAGCCUGUGCUCAAUGUGGUCAGUGCUAUCAUCCGUUUUGUGUAGGCGUUAAGAUGAACAAAGUAGUGUUGAGUAAAGGCUGGCGCUGUCUGGAGUGCACAGUGUGUGAAGCCUGUGGCCAGGCCACAGACCCUGGCCGCCUGCUUUUAUGUGACGACUGUGACAUCAGCUAUCACACUUACUGCCUGGACCCUCCGCUGCAGAAUGUACCCAAGGACAGCUGGAAGUGCAAAUGGUGUGUGACGUGUACUCAGUGUGGUGCCACUACACCAGGUUUGAGGUGCGAGUGGCAGAACAAUUAUACCCAUUGUGCCCCCUGUGCCAGCCUCAGCACAUGCCCCAUCUGCCUGUUGGACUACAGCGAAGGCACAGUCAUUGUGCAGUGCCGGCAGUGUGACAGAUGGUUUCAUUCCUCUUGUCAAGGUCUUCAUUCAGAGGAAGAUGUAGAAAAAGUGGCUGAUAGCUGCUUUGACUGCACAAUGUGUAGAACUUUUAAGAGCACUAAAGCAGUUAUGACCAAGGUCAGAGAUACAAUUGAACCUGUACUUAUGACACAAAUUUUCACCAAGACUAAAGAAAUAGAUCUCUCAAGAACCUACACUCAAGAUGGAGUCUGCCUGACAGAAUCGGGCUUGUGCCAGCUCCAGAGCCUGUCUGCCACAGCCUCUCGCCGUCGAAAGUCUAAACCUAAACUCAAGUUAAAGAUCAUUAACCAGAACAGUGUGGCUGUGCUGCAGACGCCUGUGGAUCCUCUCUCUGAGCUCUCACGUGAUGAAGACAUGGAGGAUAACAGAGGUACCUGCGCUGAAAGAGAGGCAGAGCUCAUGGAUUGUGAAGCAAAGUCCGACUCAAGCCUGGAGCGGGAGCCAGUAGAAGAGGACACCAAGGGGGGCGACGGUGGCAAAAAGAGGAAAAGGAAACCGUACCGGCCGGGUAUUGGAGGCUUUAUGGUCCGCCAGAGGAGUCGUCCAGGGCAAGGUCCAGGGAAAGCCAAACGCACCCUUUGUAGAAAGGAUUCCACCGGUUCUGUGUCAGAAAACCCUACUGGAAAUGACGGGUGGACAGAAGGUCUACCUGAUACCCCUGUGGAUGAGAUGCCUCCUGGGUCAGAGGUUCCAGAGAAAAUAAAGAAGCGAUACAGAAAGAAGAAAACCAAAUUGGAGGAAGCCUUUCCCACGUACCUCCAGGAGGCAUUCUUUGGAAAGGACCUGCUGGACAAAAGCAAACAGAGCAGGCAGCAGGGGGCAGAAUCAGGUUUUCUGGAAGAAGGCCAAAGUCAAGUGGAAAGAAAACAGCCCUCCACCUUCCUGGGCCGGCCAUCAAAUCCAGUUGUCACUACUGCACCUGACAAUAGACAAGCAGCUGAGGCAUCCGAGGAGCCUUUAGUUGAUCUGUCUGAUGUUUUGAACUCUGAUGCAGACAUCUUGGGAAUGCUGGGAAAGACAAGCAGUGACUCUGGUCUUGAUUUUUGCUCCUUCCAGGUUGACAGCUCACCUCCUCCUUUUGCUGGCCUGGACAUUGGGCCUCUGGCGGACAGUUCUCCAGUAACACCACAGUCUCAUGGCGGCCGCAGGACCCCUCGGACCCUCUCUGAGGAGCCCCUGGAUGGAAUCCUCAGUCCUGAACUAGACAAGAUGGUUACUGAUGAAUCAAUUCUCAGCAAGUUCUACAAAAUCCCAGAGCUGGAAGGAAAGGACGUUGAGGAUCUAUUCACUGCAGUUCUCAGCCCCAGCACAAGCCAACCACCUCCACCACAGGUGCCUCAACCCCAAGCUCCAGGCCAACUCCCUGCCUCCUCUGGACUGAAUAUGCCACACCAAAACACAGGUAAUACCAUGUUUCCACGGAUACCAGUAAUGAAUGGCGUAAUGGGACCAAAUCAGCGUUUUCCUGGAAAUGCAGCAACUGGGCCCUGCAUCCCAGAAAAUUUCCCUCUUAAUCGAAUGCCUUAUUCUGACAAUCCCAGAGAUAGAAAAUUUAAUCAAAUAUCCAGAGAGGCAGGGCCUUGGCCAUCCCCUACCCAUGGCUUUGGUCAGACGCCUCCUGUUUCACUAUCAGAAGGAGAGACUGAAGCCAUGUCAAAUGCCCAGAAGAGUACGCUCAAGUGGGAGAAGGAUGAGCCACUUGGAGAGCUUGCAACUGUUGCACCUGUCCUUUAUACCAAUGUGAAUUUCCCCAACCUUAAAGAGGAGUACCCAGAUUGGACAACAAGAGUAAAACAGAUUGCAAAACUCUGGAGGAAGGCUAGUUCUCAAGACAGGGCCCCAUAUGUGCAAAAGGCAAGGGAUAACCGAGCUGCCCUGCGCAUCAACAAAGUCCAGAUGUCCAAUGAGACCGUGAAGAGGCAUCACCCACAGCAACAGCCUCCAGAGGUGUUUGAUCCCACCAUACCACUAGACACAGAUCUGCUGUUUAAAGACCCUUUGAAACCAAAAGAAUCAGAGCAUGAACAAGAGUGGAAGUUUAGACAGCAAAUGCGCCAGAAAAGUAAACAGCAGGCCAAAAUUGAAGCCACACAGAAACUAGAGCAAGUUAAGAAUGAACAGCUCCAGCAGCAACAGCUACAACAACAUCUUAGUUGCCAAUCAGAAGAUGGCAAUAACAGUGGAAACCAGAGUCCAGCCUCUCAGCCCAGCAAUGGCAGCACGUCCCCAAUGCAACCACUCAGCUCUAAAGAAGGGUUUACCAGGCCACAGCUCCCAGGAACCCCCACCUCCGGGCCAGAGGAUGUAUUUCUCAGACCUCCUCCACCACCUCCAUCUGGGCCCUUGUCUCAGCCACAGUCUCCACAGGUCUUCUCUCCAGGAUCCUCAGGCUCCAGGCCAUCAUCACCUUGGGACCCAUACGCAAAAAUGGUUGGAACUCCAAGACCACCACCGGUGAUGGGACCAAAUGCAUGUCGCAGACUACCUGUCGAAUCGGGUAAAUCCCCAAAUGCUCUAAUGGAGCAGCGUCCCUCUCCUGCUCAUGAGUCUUUUGGUUCACCCACUUCUGUUAGCAGUGAUCCUUAUGCCAAGCCCCCUGACACACCAAGACCAUCCAAUGAACAAGAUCCUUUUUUGAAGCCCAUGGGUCCUCCUCGGGCUAGUCAGAGUUCUCAGGGUAGGCCUCCAAUGGGGUCCCCAGGGAGAGAUCCUUAUUCAAGGCCCAUGAUAAGAAAUGAGGCUUAUCAGCGAAUGGCUCAGAACAGGAUGAUCUUAUCGGAUCCUUACUCCAGACCUUUACUAACACCAAUUCCUGGUAGUAAUGAGUCUGGAUCUGUUCCUCUAUUCAAAACACCCAUGCCCCCGCCUCAGGCUCAAGAGUCCUAUAAUCGCCCCGACAGGUUUAAUCAACAGAAUGACCCAUAUUCUCAACCUCCUCACACCCCAAGACCAUCAGGAAGUGAUAACUUUACAAGUCCCCCACGAAUUGGUCCGCAUCACUCUCAGUUUGUCCAGCCUGGCCAGAUGAAUCAUUUAUCUAGAAACCCAUAUGCACAGGCACCUUCUACUCCAAGGCCAGACCACUAUACAUAUGAUCCCUUCUCUCAGCAGUCUGGAUCAGGCAGGUCAUCAUCUAAUGAAAGCGGUCAUUCUCGUCCAUUUUUUGAGCCUUACGCUAGACCCCCUGGUACCCCACGUCCCCAUGACAAUUAUGGUCAGCCAAGCACACCUAGCCCAUCUUCGGACCCCUACUUACAAGCUCCUGCCACUCCUCGUCCCAGUGGAAUGAAUCAGCUCCAGAGAAUGUCACCGUCUCACUCUGUGGACCCUUAUGCCCAGCCACCAGGGACACCACGGCCAUCUGCUGUAGAGAGGUUUUCAAAGUCUCCUGGAAGCCAGAGGGGAACUAUGGAGCCAUUUGCGGGCAGCCCUGGCAUGACAAGGGCUGGCAGUAAUGACAUGUUCUCACAGCAAGGGGGCCCUAGACCACUGCUAAAUGAUCCUUACGCUCAACCACCGGGGACACCACGACCUGCCUCUGACGGGCGGGGGCAAAGGCCAGUGGGAGGACAGGAUGCUUUUUCCCCACCCCCUAGCAGACCUCAGGAACCACCUACUCAGCCUGGCUCUCAAACACCAAAACAUCCCAGUAUCUCAGAUGAUCAGUCACCUUCACGGCAAGCUGGACAGACACCAGGCCAUGACCCAUUUGAGCAAGCUCCUGUGGUGUCACAGGAAAAAGUGGAGAACACAACGCAAGCUGCAGCACAAGAUCCAGAUCUGACAUCUAACACAUCCAUGUCUUGUGCAGCAUCAGACGCUCAGGGUGAAAGUGAAGAUAAACUCAGACAGCGACAAAGAAUAAGAGAACUUCUCAUCAAGCAACAGCAGCAGCGGAGUGCAAUACGUCAAGAAAGAGGCCCUCAGGAGCCCCCUGGCAAUAUGCCACCAGGGACACCUCGACCCUGGCCUCAGGAGGGCCAUGGGCAGCAAGGGGAAAUAUUUAACCGGCCUCCCCCACCGUAUCCUGGUCAAGUUCCUGUCAGACCAAUGAGGUUUCCAGGAUCCUUCCCAACAGAUCAGCGUGUCCCAUUUCAUAAUGAUGGACAAGUGCUACGUGGACCACAUCCUACAGAUCCAAAUUUUAGGCAACAGGGACUGAGGUUUCCCUUUGCACCCGGUGCUAUGGGUCCUCAGGGAGCCCAGGAGUUCUUUCCUAGAGGGCAAAAUCCAAUGCAGAUGAGGCGAUCAAUGUCUGCAGAAAUGGCCAAAAACAUUGGAAGUAACCCCAUAGGUUUACACCACUUCCAAUCACGGGGAAUGCCUGUACAACAACAUAACAUUAUGGGGCAGCCUUUUAUUGAACUGCGUCACAGAGCAGCAGAAAGCAGGCCUCGUAUGCCCUUUCCUCCUAAUGUCAUGCAAGGAGGAAGUAUGGACCCCAACAUGCAUGCUCAGAGGCCCCCAGGCUUUUCAGGGGCACCUGAUUCUAGAUUACCAUUAAUGCACGUGCCCAGGAUGGUAGAUCCUUUGACAGGCCAGGCAGUCCAUAUGCAACUUUCAGCAAGCAUGGGCAAUCUGAAUCAACAAACUCAAAUAUGUGGAAACACAAUGCUUAAACAAUCUCCUUUAAUGAGAUCCUUGAGCCAGCCCGCACCCUCUGACACUCAGAAAAUGACGGCCUCUAUGAUUGCUAGUGUACAGCUUCCUGGACAGACCGAUGGCAUGUCGCUAUCUUCUGGUGAUGUUGUGGAAGAGAAGCUAGAUGUAGAGGAAUCUGCUGUCAAAGACCUUGAAGAUGUGGAAGUGAAAGAUUUGGUGGAUGCUGACCUGGAAAACCUUAAUUUGGACCCAGAAGAUGGUAAAGAUCUGGAUCUUGAGACAAAUGAUCUACAUCUUGAUGACUUUCUUGGAGUGUCUGGUCAAUUUGACAUCAUUGCUUACACAGACCCUGACUUAGAUGACAUAAAGAAAGACAUGUUCAGUGAAGAGCUGGAUCUUAAUGAUCCAAUGGAUGAGACUACAGAUACUGCAGAGAAUAAGAAUUCUAGUAGCUCCAAUGGAGCUGAGACAUCAUGUUCAGAGUCUGCACAAGCAAAACCAAAUUCUGUCAGUGACCAGUCUGAGCCUGCAGACACAUCUGUGUCUCAAGACAUGGCACCUCAGCAGGAAAUUAAAACUGAGAUUAAAGAAUGUCAGCCCAAUUCUGAUACUGUAGAACAAAGUCUUGUUGACAAUUUAACUUCGAAUCAACAGGCAGGACUCCCAGACACUACCCCGGUCCUCUCUGGUCUACUCAUUAAACAGCAGUCCGAAGAGUCGUCAUUACAUCCAUUGGUUGAAUCUGUAAGUCAAAGUGGUAACCUUCUACCUCCACAAGGCCAAGUGACAGAUAUUAAACAUGCUCCUGAAGUGCUGAUGAAUCAAGCCAUAAGUGAUACUACCACAACUGGUGAAACAUCAAUGGGGGACUAUGCAACAGACCCCCAGCUACAGCCUUCCUCCAGCAUUGACCAAAGUGGUUUGAACCAGGCCCAGCAGAUGCCUGUAAAUCAGGCCUUGGGCCAGCACAACCAACCACCGCGUCCUCUUCUACUGGAGGAGCAGCCCCUUCUCUUACAGGACCUCCUAGACCAAGAGAGGCAAGAGCAACAGCAACAAAGACAGAUGCAAGCCAUGAUUCGACAACGCUCCAGUGACUCCUUUUUUCCAAACAUUGAUUUUGAUGCCAUCACUGACCCUAUUAUGAAAGCAAAAAUGGUUGCCCUUAAAGGAAUUAAUAAAGUCAUGGUUCAGAACAACAUGGGCAUGUCCUCAAUGGUCAGGUUUCCCUCUGGCCCUUUACCCCCGUGUCCUGAAAGUGCACCACUUCCUCCUCAAGUCAUCGGACAGGAUGGGCAUUUGGCUCAAGUUUCAAGACCAAAUCCUCCAAACUUUGGACCAGGUUUUGUCAACAAUGCUCAGAGGGCUCAAUAUGAAGAGUGGCUCCAGGAGACACAGCAACUACUUCAAAUGCAGCAGAAGUUUCUGGAAGAGAAGAUAGGAGCUCACAGAAAAUCUAAAAAAGCCCUGUCUGCCAAGCAGAGAACAGCUAAAAAGGCAGGAAGAGAGUUCCCAGAGGAAGAUGCUGAGCAGCUCAAACAUGUCACAGAGCAGCAGGGUGUAGUGCAGAAACAGCUGGAGCAGAUCCGCAAACAACAGAAGGAACAUGCAGAACUAAUUGAAGAAUACAGAGUAAAACAACAGCAAAAUAAUAUGCCCAUGAUGGCUGGAAUGCAUCCUCUUCCUGGGCCUCCUGGUCUGGUCCCUGGUGGUCCCCCAAUGGGUCAGCCAGCUAUGAACCCCAUGAUUCAGAUGCCACCCCACCCUGGUCAGCCAAAUGCACCUUCACGUAUGCCCAAACCACCGCUUGGCUGGAACCCCGGGGCACCUAUGUCAUUGGGAGCUCCAGGAAUGCCCCACUUAAUGACCCCUCAGGGCCCCGUGGGAACCCCUGCACCACCUCAUCAGAUGCCAAUGGGUCCCAUUCCUCCGCAUGCACAGAUCCCAAUGGAUCCCCAAGCACCAGCUGGUUCUGCUGUACUCAAGCCCAUGCAGCCCGGAGGAGUAAAGUUUGAUGACAAUAAUCCGUUCAGUGAGGGGUUUCAGGAGCGAGAGAGGAGGGAGAGACUGAGGGAGCAACAAGAGAGGCAAAGAGUACAGCUCAUGCAAGAGGUUGAACGUCAGAGAGCACUCAAACAACGCAUGGAAAUGGAGCAGCAAGGAAUGCUGGGACCAGAUGGUAGCAUGACACCUUUGGCUGAGUUGCCCUUCUUCAACUCAGAGCUGCCUCAGGACUUUAUGUCACCACAGAGGCCUCCUUUACAAAAUCAACAGCAGCCCAUGUUCUCCCCACAACAAGGAGCCAGUAUUGGCUCACCACCGGGGGCGUUCAUGCAAGCUGACAGAAGAGCCUCCAUGGGUAAUGGAAUGAUACCUCCAGAUAUGGGUCCUGGGGUAGGACCAGAUAAUCGCCCUCUACAAGGUCAUAACUUUCCUCCAGGUCAGUUGAGACCUCGUCAGUUUAGUGGACCUGGAAUGAUGAUUCCAAUGCAGGGAGAAGGGCCGCAGUUAGGCGGGGAUUCUACUCCCCUGCCCUCUAACUUUCCAGGGUCCGGGCAGUCUCUAAUUCAGCUUUACUCCAACAUCAUUCCUGAUGAGAAAGGGAAAAAGAAAAGAAGCCGCAAAAAGAAAAAGGAUGACGAUUCAGAGUCUGUAAAGACUCCAUCUACUCCACACUCAGACCUCACUGCCCCACUCACACCAUGCGUCUCUGACACUGCCUCUACCCCAACCCGAAAUUCGCAUAUCUUUGGAGAUCAAGACUUAUCAAGGUCACCUAUAUUGGGAUCCUCUACCCCCAAUCCUUCAGAGCUGGAAAGGCAGCUUUCUGGAGGUCAGCCUUGUCUCCAGUCAGAACAGGCAAGAAUACAGGCUCAAGAACAUGAGAGGAUCCUCAGCAACAUUAAACUGGAGCAGCCUGAUGCCAGUGAAUGCCAUGGUCCAAGAGAGGAGUCUAUGGACUCUGUGAUGAGUGCUGUUAAGGAGGAGGGAUGUAAAGGGACAUCUCCGUUUCUACCUGGUCAAAGUCCAAAUAAGAGUGAGGCUAGUAACGAACUACUGAAACACCUUUUGAAGAACAAGAGCACCCCUCCUCCCGGACUACCCCAUCAGCAGUCUGAAGAAAGUUUACGCUCUGAGGAGGAAGAGGUGGACUGCAAAUCACUUCUCAGGCAAAGCUCCAUAGACAGCAAUGGGGGAUAUUCGGACGGCCUCCCUGACUUCCCUGGACCUUUGCAUUCUGAGCAGGACAAAAAGAAAGGGAGAAACAAGAGGGCACCCAGAAGUGGAGACAAGCCUGCUUCUCGCUACAAAAAGAGAAAGAAAGAGGUUGAUGAGAGGCAGCUCAUACACUCGGGACCUGAUGCUGUAAUGACCCAAAUCAAACAGCAGUUGUCACUUUUGCCACUCAUGGAACCACUUAUUGGAGUCAACUUUGCCCACUUUGCACCGUAUGGGAGUGGCCAACUGAAUGGAGAGUCCCUUUUAUCUGGAACCUUUGGCAGUGCUUCACUCGAUGGUGUGUCAGACUAUUACUCCCAACUGGCAUACAAGCAGAAUAACUUGAGCAAUCCACCAACGCCACCGGCAUCUCUUCCUCCCACUCCACCACCUGUGAACCGACAGAAAAUGAUCAAUGGAUUUGCCACAACAGAAGAGCUGGCCAGCAAAGCUGCUGCUAUAGUGUCAAAAGGCCUAGUCCCAAAGGCACUGCAUGUUUCUUUUAGGCCUGAAGAAGAUCUCUUGGCCCGGGCCAUUGCACAGGGACCCAAAACUGUGGAUGUGCCUGCUUCUCUCCCUACUCCACCCCACAACAACCAGGAGGAGCUCAGAGUACAGGAAUCUUGCAAGGACAGGGACACUCCUGACAGUUUUGUGCCAUCCUCAUCUCCUGAAAGUGUGGUUGGCAUGGAAAUCAGUCGUUAUCCUGACUUAGCAGUGGUAAAAGAGGAACCUCUGUCACCCUGUCUGUCCCCAGUUCUACCCAUGCUUCCUCCCGCUCAGGGCAAAGGAACAGAGGUCAAGCUUCGAGACAUAAAGUCCGAACCAAUGUUCUUCAGUGGUCCCUUUGAUGCUCUAAACAACUCUAAACAAGGCCUAGUUUCUGUGGCCAUCACGUUGAGACCAGCUGCUGCUGAGAACAUCACUGGUGUGGUAGCGGCUAUUUCCGACCUCCUCUGUGUGAAAAUCCCUAGCUGUUAUGAGGUCAGCAGCACGCCAGACAGAGGCCCUCAGCAGAUGUACAGUGGCCCCAGGAUGGGCCCCCAUGGCAUGGAUCCACGCGCUCAGAUGUUCUUCCAUGGACCAAACAAUGGGUGGCCCAUGAUGAGGCCACAUGGCAUGAUGCAGCAGCAACUUCAUCAUUUCCGCUUUCCUGCCAACAGCCCUGGCUGUGCCAUGACGAGGCCUGAUCAAAGGAUUCCUGGAAGUCCUGGAUCCAAGCCCCCAUGGUGCUGCCACUGUAAAGUGGUGGUUCUGGGAAAUGGAGUUCAGAAAUCUUUCCAAGAUCUCCCUGUGCAUUUAAAGCAAUAUCAUGGUCGUAUGAAAUCUGAGGAACAUCUAGUUUUUUGCAGCAACAACUGCUUCCUCUUAUACUGCUCUGCAUCACCUCUGCAGCCUCGACCACCUUCAGAAGUCAAGGAGACUGUGAGUCUUCUUCCGGUUUCUGGGCAGGCUGAAAUUCUCUCCAAAGCUCAGCAUCAGUACAGCAACAAUAUGUCCUCACUAGAUGUUCACUGUUUGGCUCAACUUCAACCUAAGCAGUCUCCGCCCUCCACCCCCCCUCUGCCGUUCCCAUCUGCUGGAGGAGCGCCAAAACAUGAAAACAAGUCUGAUGCUAUCAAAGUGACUGUGAAGCUGAAGGCCAGGCCAAGGUCCCAUGAUGGCUGGCACCAAGGAAAGAGACAGAAAGGCCUGCGCUGGAGGAAAUGGACUGUUCAGGUGGUUGUCCCGAGGGGAAGUUCCCAUCUCCCUGAGGAGGAGAAGAUCGAUGAUCUUCUUAAGAAACUGGGUGCCUCCUUGCGCCCUCCGUCCUCCCUCCGAGACCAGAGGAGGUGCUGUUUCUGCCACCAGUUUGGAGAUGGGAUCACUGAUGGUCCAGCAAGGCUUCUUAAUCUGGACCUAGAUGUUUGGGUGCAUCUCAACUGUGCCCUGUGGUCCACUGAGGUGUACGAGACACAGGCUGGUGCACUGAUAAACGUGGAGCUCGCUCUCCGUCGUGGUCAAACGGUGCGCUGUGCCUUCUGCCAGCAGACAGGGGCUACCAGCGGCUGCCAUCGACUACGCUGCACCAAUGUCUACCACUUCACCUGUGCUCUACAAGCUCAGUGCACGUUCUUCAAGGACAAAACCAUGUUGUGUCACGCUCACAGGCCCAGGGGUGCAGCUGGACAGGCCAUGGAACAUGAGCUGCGCUGCUUUGCUGUUUUUCGUCGUGUUUAUGUUCAAAGAGAUGAAAUGCGUCAGAUAGCCUCCGCAGUACAGCAUCCAGAAUUGGGCUACACUUUACGAGUGGGCAGUCUUGUGCUGCAUGCAAUAGGCCAGCUCACCCCUCUACAGAUGGGAGCUUUCCACUCCCCGACAGCGAUAUUUCCAGUUGGAUAUGAGGCUUGUCGUAUUUAUUGGAGCAUGCGUCAUGGCAACCGCCGCUGCCGCUAUGUCUGCUCUGUCGACGACAUGGACGGGCUGCCAGAGUUUAACAUCAGAGUGAUUGAACAAGGUUACCAAGACUUGGUCCUCACAGACAACACGGCUAAAGGAGUAUGGGAUAAGGUUCUGGGUCCUGUUGCUGAGAAAAGAUCUGAAGUUGGGACUCUGAAACUGUUCCCAGUUUACCUCAAAGGAGAGGACCUGUUUGGGCUCACAGUCCCUGCAGUUGCUAAAAUAACUGAAUCGCUGCCGGGAGUUGAGGCAUGUGACAAAUAUACUUUCCGUUAUGGACGCAACCCCCUCAUGGAGCUGCCACUUGUGAUCAACCCAGAAGGCAGUGCUCGGGCCCUGCCCAGAGUCAGCACAGCCCGUGCAUCAGUGGUGAUCAGACCUCAACCACAGACCACGAGUAACAGCACUGCAAGAUCUAACCAAAAUAUAGCCCAGGGAGAAGGGGGCACAACCCACAACAAGCCCCCAGUGGUGCACCCCCGGUCCUCUCAGUACCGCUGGAUGAAGAGCGAAUGGAGAGCCAAUGUUUACCUGGCUCGCUCUCGCAUCCAGGGCCUUGGGCUGUUUGCUGCACGAGACAUUGAAAAACAAACUAUGGUGAUAGAGUACACCGGGACUGUGUUACGGAAUGAGGUUGCCAUCAGGAAAGAGAAGACUUAUCGUUCUCGGAACCGAACUGUGUUCAUGUUUCGCAUCGACAGUGAGCAUGUUGUUGAUGCCACUCUGACUGGAGGGCUUGCAAGAUACAUCAACCACUCAUGCUCACCUAACUGUGUUGCUGAGGUGGUAACGUUUGAAAGGGGAUUCAAAAUAAUUAUCAGCAGUAUUUCCCGAAUUGGAAAAGGCGAGGAGCUAUGCUUUGACUACCAGCUGGACUCUGUGGAGGGUCAGCAUACAAUUGCCUGCCACUGUGGAGCUCCUGAAUGCAGGAAAUGGAUCAACUAAAUGGUGACAAAAAUCAUUCCUACUCCACUAGUUUGUGGAUACCACCAUGUGUUCAGAUAGACCUGCUACACACUACUUUUAUAAAUGAGAAGAAGGCAUGAUUCCUAGAGGAGGUUCAAAGCAUGGGGAAACAUGAGCGGAGUAAGGGAAUCAUAACACAGUAGCAGGUUGUGACUUGUGCCAUAUGUGAGAGAGAUCGUCUAUGUUUGUCUGUCUAUGUUUGAUGUAUAUGUACACGGGGUGAAGAAUCCACCAGCGAAUGAGAAAGCACUGUGCAGGGUGCAGCCUUAUUGUUAUUCUAAGGGCAGGCCCUUUGAUUCAUACUGUUAAUGUAAACCGUAUGACUAAAUGUAGACAUCACUGAAUGAGGAAUGUACAGCAAUGAAAACCGCGAAGGGAAUUUAAACUUGCACUAAAGAAAACACACACACAAAAACUUUGAAAAUACUUGAUUCCAUGAGUCAGUUUUUUACAUGGUUCUGUCACUUGGUUUGUGUGGAAUUUGAGAGGUUUUGUAUUUAUUACUGAGUGAAUGAAUUUUAUUCUCAAAAUAAUGAGAUUGAGUUACAGAAGGCUAGAUUGAUAUUGUUUUUGAAGCUAGAAGAAGACAUGCUGUUACUUUUGUAUAAAUGUAUAUAAAAAAAAGACUAUAGGAAUAACCGACCAAAUACUACCUUAACCCUCUUGAUGUUUGGGUGUUUUUAAAUUGUUUUUGUUUGUCAUUGAAAUUUAUUUAAGAUGGACAUUAUUUCCGUUUGAGAGUAUAUAUUAUGACUAUUUUGUACAGAAUUUGUAAAAUAACCACAAUAACUCACAAAGUAUUUUUGUUGUAUUAAAAGUAAAGUAUUGUAGCGUAGUGUUUUGUGACUUGUACACACACUUUGACCACUUAAAAAGAAAUAUUUUUGUUCACUAUUGUAACAAGUUACUGAAAUUUAAAAGGAGAUAAACUAUUUGCUGUUUAUCAGGUUUUAUUUUAAACUGUGAAUUAGGUUUUGAAACCCAAAACUUUUUAACUUUUUAAACUCAAGUAGAAUCACACACUUUUUCAUGUUUUAAGUUGCUUUUAAAUCAAGGUGCAAAUGUCUAACUGUAAUAUAUGUAAGGUAACGCUGUGUGUGGCAGAGGGGAGCAUAGAUUGUUCUACCUUUUCAACAGAAAUGGCAAUUCUCCGUAAUUGGAAAUAUUUCUUACACUGACACUUCACAAGUCACAUGCUUAGAAGCGUUUUUGUGUGCACAAUAUUGACUGUACAAUUUUGGAGCAGUCUUAGAACUUGUAAUGUAUAUGGCAUGUAUUUUUAACUUUCUGAAAAUUCAAUUGUAUAUAUUUUCUCAAUGAAUGGUUGUAACAAAAUUGUUUCUUGAAUAUUUUUCUUCUCCUGUAUAGUAUAUCAUCCUGCCAGUGUUUCGUGCUACAUUUUCUUGGUUGUGGAAAGUAGUUAAUUUCACCUCUCAAUUCUUUUUAAAAAUGCCUUUUGGAGUGUACAGAGUAUGAGAUUUGAAGUUUGUGGAAUUUAGAAACAUUUACAAAAAUAAACUAUUUUACAUGUUAUAAA